GGAAGAAGUUAUUAUGACCAUUUUAUGAAAACGGAAACAAAAACCACGACGAUGUCAGUAAACAUCUUCAAGCAAUUUGCCUCUGCUCUUUGAAGAGUAAAACUCAAUUGAUUUAGAUGGGAAAAGUUCAAAUUCAAAUAAAAUGACCGCCAGAUCGGAGAUAUAGUAAAUAUUUAAGAUGUUAAAAAUCCUUGUAAAAUUGGAAGAAUGAGUAUCUGUAUAAGGAUACAGUAGAAUUUUCUUUUAACCCACUCCUGAUUUGGAGCUCCUUUAGUAACCACUACUGCAGUUCUGCAGCCGGGACGCGGGGUGCCGCUGUUGGCUAGUACUGAGCGUAGUAUCAGCUUCUCCCGACGCAAAGCAAUCGCCUCCCCAAGGCGGAACCGCGGUAACUGGACACUCACUCUCUGGUUCUCUGCCGCCGAGAUAUCUGUCGGAGAGUCUGCCUGCCAAGACAAAUCAAGGAGUUACUCCUGCUCAGAGAGUUCUUGGGAUCAUUUAGCGAUCGUAGCUCUUCGGAAUCAGAAAGGCAACGUCGCAGAAAUUGGGAUGGGAGACCGCUUGGGACAGAAGGGCCCGGCUGGGCGGAGACGAAUGCCAUUUCUCUUUUUGCUGUCUUUGUUCUGUCCGGUGCUCCCAGAGCAGGUCCGCUACACUAUUCCCGAGGAGCUGGCCAUGGGCUCACUGGUGGGGAACCUCGCCAAGGAUCUGGGGCUUGGCAUGCGAGAUUUGCCUACCCGAAACCUGCGGAUUAGUGCACAGAAGAAAUUCUUUACAGUGAGUACUGAGAACGGGGACUUACUUGUGAGCGACCGUAUAGACCGAGAGCAGAUUUGUGGCAAGAAGUCAACGUGUGUUCUAGAAUUCGAAAUCGUCGCGGAAAAGCCUUUGAACUUCUUUCAUAUAAGUGUGGUAAUUCAGGAUAUCAAUGAUAACCCACCGACCUUUAGCCAAAAUAUCACUGAACUGGAAAUCAGUGAACUGGCCCUAACUGGAGCCACUUUUUCCCUGGAAUCCGCUCAAGAUUUAGAUGUAGGUGUCAAUUCCCUGCAGCAGUACUACCUCAGCCCCAAUCCGCACUUCUCUUUGAUUCAGAAGGAGAACCCAGAUGGCAGUAGGUACCCAGAACUGGUAGUGAAGACUCCCCUGGACAGGGAAGAGCAGUCCUGCCACCACCUGGUCCUCACCGCUGUGGAUGGGGGGGACCCAGCAAGAAGCUGCACUACCCAGGUAAUUGUGGUUGUGGCAGAUGCAAAUGACAACCCACCAGUGUUCACCCAGGAUGUGUAUAGGGCCACUGUUCAAGAGAACCUGCCCACGGGCUCCUCUGUACUAAGUGUGAUGGCCACUGACUUGGAUGAGGGGGUCAAUGCUGAGAUUACAUAUGCUUUCAUCAACACUGGCACUGUAGUGAGACAGCUGUUCAAGCUGGACAGUAAAACAGGGGAACUCACCACUGGUGGAGAACUGGACUUUGAAGAGAGAGAGAGCUACACAAUUGGGGUGGAAGCAAAGGAUGGUGGACGACACACUGCACACUGUAAAAUUCAAAUAGAUAUUUUGGAUGAAAAUGACAAUGCUCCUCAGGUAACCUUGGAUUCUGAAUCUAAACAUAUUCAAGAAGAUGCUGAGCUGGGGACUGUUGUUGCCCUGAUCAAAACACGUGACCUAGAUUCUGGAUUUAAUGGGGAAGUUUUCUGCCAACUAAAAGGAAAGUUCCCAUUUAAGAUAGUUCAAGAUACACAAAAUACAUACAAGUUGGUCACAGAUGGAGCCCUAGAUCGAGAACAGACUCCAAAAUACAAUAUCACCAUCACAGUCACAGACAGAGGAAAGCCGCCUCUCUCCUCCAACGGAAGUGUCACCUUGAACAUAAUUGAUGUCAACGACAACGCACCAGUUUUCCAACAGCCUUUCUAUUUGGUUCACAUUGCCGAGAACAACCUUCCUGGAGCCUCCAUCGCCCAAGUCAGCGCCUUUGACCCGGAUCUGGGGCCCAACGGUCGCGUCUCCUACUCUAUCAUCGCCAGCGACCUGGAGCCACGGGCGCUGGAAUCCUACGUGUCCGUGAGCGCGCAGAGCGGGGUGGUGUUCGCGCAGCGUGCCUUCGACCACGAGCAGCUGCGCGCCUUCGAGCUGACCCUGCAGGCGCGCGACCAGGGCUCGCCCGCGCUCAGCGCCAACGUGAGCCUGCGCGUGUUGGUGGGCGACCGCAACGACAACGCGCCGCGGGUGCUGUACCCGGCGCUGGGGCCCGACGGCUCGGCGCUGUUCGACACGGUGCCGCGCGCCGCGCAGCCCGGCUACCUGGUCACCAAGGUGGUGGCGGUGGACGCCGACUCGGGACACAAUGCCUGGCUGUCGUACCACGUGCUGCAGGCCAGCGAGCCGGGACUCUUCAGCCUGGGGCUGCGCACGGGCGAGGUGCGCACGGCGCGUGCUUUGGGCGACCGGGACGCGGCCCGCCAGCGCCUGCUGGUCGCUGUGCGGGAUGGGGGACAGCCGCCGCUCUCGGCCACUGCCACGCUGCUCCUGGUUUUCGCCGACAGCUUGCAGGAGGUGCUGCCGGAUGUCAGCGACCGCCCUGAGCCCUCUGAUCCCCAGGCGGAGCUGCAGUUUUACCUGGUGGUGGCUUUGGCCUUGAUUUCGGUGUUGUUCCUCCUCGCGGUGAUUUUGGCGGUUGCCCUGAGCCUGUGCCGCUCCUCCAGCCCUGCCUCCUGGGGCUGCUUUCAGACUAAUGUCUGCUCCAAGACCGAAUCUGGGGUUCUCCCCAACUUCAGCGAAGGGACUUUGCCUUAUUCUUACAAUUUAUGUGCUGCCUCACAUUCUUCAAAGACCGAGUUUAAAUUUCUCAAUAUAAAGCCUGAAAAUACUCCACCACAAGAUCUUCUGUGUAAUGAAGCCGCUUGGUUUGAAAGUACCAGUAAUGCAGAUACCCAAAUGAAUUCUAAUUCAGUCAGUUUGCAACAGCAAGCCCCGCCCAACACGGACUGGCGAUUCUCUCAGGCCCAGAGACCCGGCACCAGCGGCUCCCAGAAUGGGGAUGAGACUGGCACAUGGCCCAACAACCAGUUUGAUACGGAGAUGCUGCAGGCCAUGAUCCUGGCCUCUGCCAGUGAAGCCGCUGAUGGGAGCUCCACCCUGGGAGGAGGUGCUGGCACCAUGGGCUUAAGUGCCCGCUAUGGGCCUCAGUUUACCCUGCAGCACGUGCCCGACUAUCGACAGAAUGUCUACAUCCCGGGCAGUAAUGCCACACUGACCAAUGCAGCUGGCAAGCGAGAUGGCAAGACUCCUGCAGGUGGCAACGGCAACAAGAAGAAGUCUGGCAAAAAGGAGAAGAAGUAAUCUGGAGGCCGGGCUUGGAGCCACAGGGCAGCUUCCCGCCCCAACCAGCCCAGUCUCUCCUAACUUGUACCCAGGCCUCGGAUUUUCAGGGCUCACCCCCCCAGGAUACUGGUAGGGAUCCAGGCCAUGCUCCCCUUGGGAAACAGAAACAAGUGCCCAGUCAACACCCCCCUCUCUGCCCCCAAGGGAUUGAAUAUGCAAAGGGAGUUCUGCUGGGAACCCCCAUCCAAUCACUUGCUGUGCCCAUGGGGGUAGUGGGGUUCGUGUAGACACCAUUUAUCACACCCCCUUUAGUUACAGCUGAACUUUGCCAUCUUCCAAAUUUAAUCAGGCCCAUCUACCAUCCCCUGCUUUCCUCCUACCCAUCCCACCCCACUCCCUCAGCAGCCCCUUUUUCUCGAGUAAGGUGGUUGGGGUGUUGAGGUACCUGGUGACCUAAAAAGGCUCAUAGAUCUGAAGAGUUGGAAGGGCAUCAUAACCUUUAGGCCUUUACAAUUCUCAGACUUCCCCCAAAGCAUGGUUUGGUGCCAGUCCUUUCAUCUCCUUCCAGAGCCCCAGGACCAAGCUCAAGUUUUGGGAGACAUGGUCACCAUUCCCAUGGUACAGAUGCUUGCUGGAUUUAGGGAGGGCACUUUGCUACCAUGCCUCUUCCCAAAGCCCUUGGGACCAGUCUUUUGUUCUCUUUCUCAUUGUUUGGUGUUCCCACUGCAUGCUGUUGACUUCCCCCUCCCCAAACAAGAGACUCCACUGCAUGUUCCAAGACAGUAUGGGGUGGUAAGAUAAAGAAGGGAAGGGUGUGGGGAUGGACAAAGCUUGACUUACUGGUUAUCAGGGUCUUGUAGAAGGCUCUGUAUGUCCCUAGGGUACUGGCCAGAUCCCCAGUUCUAGCCAUAAACCAAGUACCAGGCUGGACCCUCAUUUACCACAUAAAGGCAGUAAACUUUGGGCUGAGCUUUUAGCAUCAGUGGAUUUCAAGUGGCAUUACAGUCCAGGGAAGGUUUGAGGAUGUUUAGGACCAGGUCCUCUGGAGAGGUCAGAGGGCCCUCUGUGGGUGCUGGGUACCCCAGAGGUGCCACUGUUAGAAGAGUCACUGUGGCUCCAGCAGCAAGGGAGGGUCAGCUGGGCCAUUCUUGGUCCUUGGGUUGGGGAGGCAUGGAGCUAGAGCUGGGACCAAGUGAACAGGAAGUCUCAGCCCCAGAUCAGAGCUUCUCCACAGGGCCUCUGAACUCCCCAAGCCUCUGUUCCUUCAUUUUGCCAGGUGCCAUUUCUUUUCUGUGAUGGCCACUGCCCAGGCGCGCCCACCCCCGUCUGCCCUCUAGUGGCCAGAGCCUGGUUAAAGUCUCCCAGUGCCUCCUUGUGCAUAGACCUUUCUCUGCCCACCCCCAUUUGCCCAUGCCCCCCCCCCAGUCCCGUCCCUUCAGCGGGGCUGUGCAAGAACCCCACCCCAACCCUAACAGUAGUGUAGAGCCCCCUCCCUCUUUCGGCUGGUGUAGAAUAGCCAAUAGUGUAGUGCGGUGUGCUUUUCCGUGGUGGCGGGUGGGCGGGCGGAGGGCUCCGUGCAGCCGUCUGUCCUUGAAUCCGCCUGCGGCGGCCCGUGCUGUGUUUUGUGCUGUGUCCACGCGCUGCGGCGACCCCUCCCCUGUACUGACUCCUAUAAGUGCUUUUCUUCGCAUAGUCACGUAGCUUCCCCACCCACUCCCUUUCCUGUGUCUCACGCAAGUUUUAUACUCUAAUAUUUAUAUGGCUUUUUUUCUUUGAAAAAAAAAUUAAAAGGUUUCUUCUGAAA